UCAACAAUCAUUUACAUACUUCAGAGCAAGAUGGCGGAUGACAAUUCUACAGCAAGUUCCUCAAGCGUGCAGAUUGCAGGGCCAUCCAAUACCAGCACUUCUAACGAUAACAGGCCUCAAUCCAUGCAAAAUGUAUAUCGAAGACGAUCAGCAUUUUCGUUCCCGAGAGCGGCUCAACCUGAAAUUGUGCGAGCAUAUCAAAAGGAUGUCUAUUACCGUGAUCUGUUGCAAACACAAUUACAAGAUGUCGUUCGAAGCUUGCUGGGUAGUAGAGUGCUAUUCCAGAAUGCAGAUUCGAUCAGUUUUGUGGGAUCGGUUGCCUAUUUUGCUCUGAGCACACUUGGAGGAGCACAAACGCUAGGAGAAGAAUAUGUGAAUGCGAUGAUGACGGAUGGAAAGACUGGAAGGAUUGUCGCUCUCAAGCGUAGGAUGAGCUUCAUCUUCUUUUAUGUAAUUGCACCAUUCUUAUCCACACGACUUUAUUCCAUGGCAAGAAGGAAGCUAGUAUCGUCUCACCAACUUAGAUCACAAGCUCUGCAACGGGCACAGCUUAGAGCCGCUGCUGUUGCUCCCAAGAGAGGACCAGAAGCAGAAAGAGCAAAAGAGAACGCUCCAAAGGCAACAAGAGUUGAUCGAAUCGUUGCUGUUCUAGCAGAACGAUUACCCACUAUGGACAGCAUACAUUCAUCCACAGGAAUAUUGGCAUACUUUGGAGCUGCACAUUUGGCAUUGUUCUAUUUAGGUGGAAGAUACUAUAAAUUCAGUCAAAGACUUUCGGGUACAGAAUACAUCAGCACAAUCCCGCGUAGACCUGGCUCUAAACCACCUUCAUAUGAAGUGUUGGGUUUCCUUUUGGGUGUGCAAUUGUUCAUCAAAUUGGUAUCGCAAGCAAAUAGAUGGCGGAUCUCAUGGCAGCAGAAAAAGAAGGCCGACGUAAUCGACGAGGAAGGCGAGACAGAGUCUGAACAAACUUCCGCGGUAUCCGUAAAGGAAACAGUUCAGAUCGAUGAUUCUCAAUGGUCACACAAGACCAGUCCUCCAAGUCGUGUACAAAAGCAACAAAAGAAAAAGUCGGAAGAGGUACCGCUUCAGUAUCCUGAUGCAGAUGGAUUGCCUUCUGCACAAGAUUUAGGCUUAGAAGCCAAUGUAGACCGAUCCCAAUUGGAAGCAGCAAGAGCUUCAGCAAAGGUUAAAGCAGCCGAAUUGGAAGCGAUCGGUCAAAGUGUUCUACGUUGUACUUUAUGCAUGGAACAACGUGAACCGGAAAAAGGAACAUCUGCUGUAACGGAAUGCGGUCAUGUGUUCUGUUGGGAUUGCAUCUUAGGUUGGAGUAAAGAAAAAGCAGAAUGUCCUCUAUGCAGACAGUCGUUUAACCCUAGUCAUCUCUUGCCAAUCUACAACUUUUAAUGGCCUCCUAUCUUCAUAGCAUAUACCGGAAUGAAUGCAAUUGUACAA